CGGACCCCCCGCCAUCAUGCUGGGAUCCCAUCGUGCAUUUCGCUCCAGAUACUCCUGAAUCAUCAUAGGCAGGCUCCCUAGUCGAUGCUUGACACUUCCAAUGAAGCCCUACAUCGCCGUCCCGAUUAUCGUGGGGCUCGUCCACCGCGCGUGGUCGAGAAAGUCGCUUACGCCAUUUGGAUGCGUCGUGGCGGCUCUGACUGCAAGCGCACAUGGUCUUCACCCCUGGUCGGCUCCGUUAUUUCUGUUAAUGGUAUUUUAUCUGGGUGGAACGAGAGCUACAAAGGUUAAACACGAUAUUAAAGCUCGUCUCACCCUCUCAGCAACCGGCUCUCACGGCGGUGAGGGCUCAAGAACCCACGUCCAGGUUCUGGCCAAUUCAGUCGUAGCGACCAUACUCAUCCUUUUGCACACUUGGGUGCUCUGGAAAAACAAGGAGACGAACAAGUGUUUCUCGAAUGGCCAUUCUGCCGCAGAUUUGCUCGUGGUCGGGAUUGUAGCUAACUACGCUGCCGUCGCAGCCGAUACAUUCUCCUCUGAACUCGGAAUCCUAUCUAAAUCGAACCCGCGUCUUAUCACCUCUCUUUCCCUUCGUGCCGUUCCUCCGGGUACAAAUGGCGGCGUUACCGGGACGGGGCUGCUGGCUGGAGUCUUUGGCGCGUUCACAAUUGGCCUCACCUCUGCUGUUCUUAUUCCCUUCUGUGGUGGGCAUAAUGGCACAUCAGGUACACUGCAGGAGCGCGUUCAAUGGAUUCUUGCCGUGACUGUGUGCGGAGCUCUGGGGAGUGUAUUGGAUAGUGUACUAGGAGGGAUGCUUCAGGCUAGUGUUGUUGAUAAGAGGACGGGAAAGAUUAUUGAGGGAACGGGUGGACAGAAGGUCCUUAUUCAUCCCUCAUCCACUAAACUCGGAAGCACGGCGGAUGCAUCUGGGUUCUCUUCUGAUGCGACCGGUGACUCCCAUCUCCGCAGUUCCGAAGCCGUAGCUAAUGCAGCCGCACCCAAGGGUCCUAAAGGAACAGGGUCAUCGGCAGGGACAACCACAGGGACGCAAAAUGAUGCGCUUCAUGAGAGUCGCCGUGUAGAAAGUGGAUUUGAUAUUUUGGAUAACAAUGCCGUAAACUUGUUGAUGGCGUUUAUUAUGAGUGUAGGAGCUAUGGGAGUUGCAAGCUGGGUUUGGGGCGUGUCCGUCUUGGAUAUUGAUUUUUGCUAAGUGGUUCUGAUCAACCUAUAUCCCAUGAUGGAUUGUGUAUAAAUAUACCGAUUUCAAUAAUACAAACUGAAACCGAAUGCUAAAGAACUAGCUAGGCAAACAAGAACUAAAACAUCUCAUCAUCA